GCCUCCGCCGCUCGGGGCCUGCCGGGAGGUGCCGGAGCUCUUCCGGGCCGGCGCUUCCCGGGGCGGGACGGGGCUCGGCCGGGCCGGUGCUGAGGGGCGGCCGUGGGGUCACUCGUGUCAUAGGCACAGAACAGAGAGGGGGAAGUAUUUGUAGUCUGAAAGAGUUUGAGAAAAACCAACAAAGAAAAAACAACAGAAAAAAAAAAGAAAAACAACAGCAAAAACUUUUUGAGAAAAUAAGUACUUGAAGAAAGAUAGGUGAUGAGCGCUCCGUGCCCGUCCCCGCCGGCAGACGCGUGAGCGCAGCACCACGGCGGGGCCCGCCCGGCCCACGCGCUGCAGGGUCGUCAUCUACCUCCAGAAGGACAUGUCUGGGGACACGUGCCUCGCCCUGUGCCCCAGCGCGGGGCCCAAGCCCAAGGCUGGCAGCUUCAAGGGGGGCAGCCUGGGCAACAAGUACGUGCGCCUGAACGUGGGCGGCUCCCUGUACUACACCACGGUGCAGGUGCUGACCAGGCACGACACCAUGCUCAAGGCCAUGUUCAGCGGCAGGAUGGAAGUGCUCACGGACAAGGAAGGCUGGAUCCUCAUAGACCGUUGUGGGAAGCACUUCGGAACAAUUUUAAACUAUCUGCGAGAUGACACAAUUGCACUUCCAAAACACAGGCAGGAGAUCAAAGAGUUGAUGGCAGAAGCCAAGUACUAUCUCAUCCAGGGCUUGGUGGACAUGUGCCAAGCAGCCCUGCAGGACAAGAAAGACCUGUAUGAGCCUGUCUGCAGCAUCCCUAUUAUCACCUCUCCGAAGGAAGAAGAGAGACUGAUAGAGUCAUCAAUGAAACCUGUUGUUAAGCUGCUUUAUAAUAGGAGCAACAAUAAAUACUCCUACACCAGUAACUCAGAUGACAACCUGCUGAAGAACAUCGAGCUGUUCGACAAGCUCUCUCUGCGGUUCAACGGCAGAGUCCUGUUCAUCAAGGACGUGAUAGGGGACGAGAUCUGCUGCUGGUCCUUCUACGGGCAGGGCCGCAAGCUGGCCGAGGUCUGCUGCACCUCCAUCGUGUACGCCACGGAGAAGAAGCAAACCAAGGUUGAAUUCCCUGAGGCACGAAUUUAUGAGGAAACACUAAAUGUGUUACUGUAUGAAACCCCACGGGUUCCUGAUAACUCCCUGCUGGAAGCCACGAGCCGGAGCCGGAGCCAGGCGUCGCACAGCGAGGAUGACGAGGGGUUCGAGCUGCGCGACCGAGUGCGCCGGAUCCACGUGAAGAGAUACAGCACCUACGACGACCGCCAGCUCGGCCACUAGUGCUGAGCCAGGCUGGGGUCGGUGUGCUGGCAGGAUCAGGCGGUAGGGAGGGAUCCCCUGGGCUCUGGGGAUUGAUCUUCGUUUGGCAUCUUGGCUCCCUGGACAAGCAAAUGGGCAUUUUGCGCACAAAGCAAUACUAAAGGCUUGGACAACUGAGGUGUGAGUUCUGCACCACGUGCUUUACCUACGGACCGGCCCCUCUUCCUGCCAGGGGAGGGGUGAGAUUUAUAACACUGGUUCUCAGUUUGGGGUUGCUUUCUCUGUAACAACUUGCCGGUUUCCCUUUCCUGUGAGCGGUGAGGUGGUGUGGUUGGGAAAGCUUUUUCCAGACACCUGCCUGUUCAGGGUCUUGCAUAAUGGAACGUGCAGGCUUAAAUCAAGAUACUGGAGAGAGGACCUGAACGUGGCUACUCUUGGCAGACACUACAUGUGAUAACCCUGGGGAGAAAUGGUUGUCUGGCCAGUCAGCUGCCAGCAGUCAGGUGCACUGCACGAGUGCUUUCUCCCACCCCUUUCCUCAGUACACCUGCAAAGGUUUGUGUUCCAGGACAGCACCCUUUAAAAGUCAUCGAGUCCAAGGCAAGCUCUCCCAAAGUGGCAAGAGCCAAGUCAUCAAACAACCUCCCCUUGUGAAAAAUGAGAAGUCUUUGAAAAUUGAAGUAUGUAUGUAAUGACUUGUCCUGGGAGAUGGAGAGAUGGGUAUGGAGAGGGAAGAAACUUCAAGUAAGCAAACUUGAGCAGAUUGUGGCAGGGUUGCCCUUGUUUAGGCUUGUGACAGUGAAAUCCUGUUUGUAUAAACAAGGACAAUCCAUGGAAUUGCUUUUACAUUAGUUACCUCCUGUAGCGGGGGAAAAAUUGCAGUGGCUGGUGAGGUACAGACUAAACAGUGUUUUAUAAGGCUACAUCGUGUGAAUUCAAGUUCUGUGUUUUAAAUUCCUUUUAGACCAUAGAACUUGAAGUGGAAAGAGAAGAACAGCCUUAAAAAUCUUGUUCUAGCAUGAAACUGCAAGGGGCCUUGGGCACAGGAGAGAGGUGGCUUAUACUGUAUUUUAAACUGAAAUAAUCACUUUUAUCCUGAGUGCUUGGCUGGGUGCUAAUUGUACAGGGCACUUGAGGAGGUUUGAGUCAAGUCUACUCUGCAAAUUGGGUCUCUGGGAACAGCUUCAAGUUUAGUAUGCAAAGCUAUUACUGUAUUUUUAAAUGUUUGCUUGUAUGUUUGAGCUCCAGGUUGCAUAGUCCAGUUUUACCACUGUCAUUAAUGGUUAUUCCUGCUGGCUGUCCACUGGCAGCAAUGGAUAUGUUGGAUAUGCUGCUUUUGUGUUCCAGUAUUGUACUUGGUUGUGGAAGCUCCAGAUCCCACGAGGGUUGGUGCUGAACUGCUUUGACCAGGGCCGAAUCUACCUGUAAGAUUUCAAGAAAAGUACUGCAAAAGCCUACAAGAAAAUAAUCUCAAAUUAAUACAGUGAGGUCAUAAGUAGAAUUGAGGUGUAGGUGGUUUGGGAGUACUGGAAGCAGGAGAGAGAACAAAAAGAUUCUUUACACCCAUUUAGGUUUUUGAAAACAGAGUUGCUGGGGGUUAAUAAGAAAACAGUAAUGGCUAUAAACUUUCAGGAUUUUCUUGCCUGGCCAGGCCUCUACACGUGGCAGGAUUCACUUCAUUCUCCUCACAUUCAGGAAGCAGCACUGCACAGAGAUGCACCUGCCUUGUUGUGAAAGGCCUCUUGAAAACUCUUAAUAACCUCUUCUCUUUUAUAUUGCUCUCUGUAAGUUUUUGUUUUCCAGCUGUUAUUCUGUUGUGCCAGGGAAAAUACAGCUGCUGAGGUUAGUUUUGACAAAGAUUUUUGUGGUAUUUCUCUCUAAUUCUGCUAGAGUGUGAUGUGGAUUUUUACAAUUUUUUCCCUCCACUGAUGCUAUUUAAUUUGAAGCCACCAGCAGAGGCUGCAGUGAUAGAAUCUUUGCACUUAAUGGGUUAGCUUUAUUCUCUUGUGCUUUUUCCAUCUUGUAACAAAGGCUGCUGCCGUUUAAAAUCCAUGUGUGGCACUUGUGUCUUGGAAAAUUAUUUGUAUUAUUUUUUUCUUGCUACUAUCAUAGUGAAUGUUAAUAGAUUGAGUGAUGCUGGUAGCCUUGCAAAACUGUGUUAAAAAAGUUAUAAGCAUAAAAAUGUCAUAUUUGCAUUUAUUUUCUCUGGGGAGGACAGGUAUGGGAAGGAGUGUGUGAAGAAGAAUGAGCGUCAGAUCCAGGUGCUACUCCAGAGGCUUUCUGUACUCCCAGGAGUCAUUAAUGAAAUGGAUCCAACAUGUGAAUUAUUACACUGUAAGAAGCAGAGAAAAGCUUGUGUUUUGGUUUAGUUGGUUUUCUGUCCCUGUCUCCCAGAGCAAACAAUUAGUAUUAAUCUUCUACCAAGUGCAAAGGAACUUCUUGAUGUUUAUGGAAUAUGGAAUAUCAGUAAGAAGUGUCAGCAGUUAUGAAUGUGUUUAAAAAUGUGCAGAUAUCCUUUUCAUUUCACUGUAGUUUCUCUUGGGAGUCCUGCUUGUCUGGAACUGCUCCAGCACAGGGUGUUAUUGAAUGUCCUUGCACCAAAAUCAUGGCCUGGGGAUGUGGUGUCUCUGACCAGCAGGUUCUGAUAAUUUUGUGAUGUAACACAUGCUCUGUAUUCUCAUCUUAAUCAGCCUUUAUGUGAUUAAAGGCUGUGAAUUAUUUUGAGAGGAACAUUCUAGUCGUUCUAGGACAUGCUUUUAUGGCCUGGUGUAAAGGAGAAGCAGCAGCACUGAGCAGGAUGAUGCAGUUUAGAGUCAGCAUUGGUGGGUUUGCAGGGAGCUCCACACUGCUCGAGGGAGCGAUGGCUGUGCUGCCUGAGGGUCCUCUCUGCUGGCUCUAAAUAGACAGAUAAGGACAGUUCUGGUUUCUGAUUUAUGUGUUUGUCUGCAAGCUGAGACUUGUAGUGGCUUCCCAUAUAGACCAUCACCAAUAGGUGUGUUAAGGAGGUGCCUGGGAAUUUGGGGGUAGCCUUUGGGAGGAAGGAGAGGCCUUUUUGCCUCAUUUGUGGGGUGUGAAUUCUGACUACAUUAGCUGGCAUUCUUCCAGGACUCGCUGUCCUCUUUGCUCCUGAAUUUAAGCAAACCUUUGAGCAUUCAGGCAGACUGAGGGCAUGAAUGGAAACUGUUCCCUGCCAUCCCUGCCCAAGCCUGUACUAAAGGCUGCUGUGCCAACAGCCUGGGUCCUCCUCCAGGGCAGGUGUCUCAGUGACUGACUGCUGGGGAACAGAUAUUCAGGAUCAGUGUUAGAGGGGAGAGCUCUGCAGGCCAGCAGCUCCUGAUGGAUGCCGAGACAAAACUCACUGCUUAACCUUCACCUUGACAUUUAGUUUUUGGGACAGCAAGAGAUUUAUCCUGCUAUAAUAUUCCACUCCAGCAACUUUUAUCUCGUGCACUUCUUGGUUAAAAUAGAGAAUAACUGGCUGGGACUGGAAGAUGUUGCAGGGGCCUGAGAGCUGUAUUUGAAAUGGGCAGUACUUACUGUGGGUUUGGUUUGACUUUUUUUUUUUUUUUUUUUUCUUUCCCUUGGGAGGGUUUUAAUUUUCAGACCCAAUUCCCUCCAGGCAACACUGAUGAACAUACCUGAACUGGACGGGUCUGGCCCAGCAGGCCCUGCCUUACACAGUUAGAUUGUGUCUUCUGACAAUCCUUGGCAUUCAACCUUCUCAGCCAAAUUCCACCCCCGGCGCUCCGGGGAGAGCCGAGGUGUCUGUGGGAGGUGAGUGGGCACCAGUCCCGUUCCAGCUCUGUCACUCCCUCGGGCACACACAGCAGGAUGUGUUUUCUGUAUAUGUGUUAUUUCUUCUCAUCUAAUACAAUGGUGAAAAGACCCUCCCCUACCUCAGAGGGAUGUUGUAUUAAUUUGUUUAAUAAUAGUAAAGGAUUCUUUGGGAUUUCUAUAAUAUUUUGUAUCCAGAGGACAGCAAGUAUGACUGCUGAUCUUGUUUAAAUUGACAUUCUGCGAUCAAGUUGUUUUCUUAAAGCAUCAGUCUUUGUUUUAUUUUUAUGUCUAACUUUUUUAGGGUCUUACAGAUAAAUUACUUAGUUAAUGCAGUAAUUAAUUAGGUGUUGAUUUAAGUGUUUUAUCAGUACAUUAAAUGGAAAUGGAACACUAAUUUUUAAUAAAGUGUUAUAUUUUGUCUUCUGUGA